AUGUCAAAAGUUCAAGCCUCUGUCGUUAAAGUUCCAGACAGUGAACUCAUUGAAUUUCUUCAACGUUACAUUCGACGUAAGAGGAAAUAUUAUGCCAUCGUUGAAUUUAUACAGUCAGGAAUGCAAAAGACUUCUGAGGAGAUGGAAAGAAUUAUUGACAAACACCACUUACGUCAAUACUCAGGAGUUUACGAUAUGAAACGACUUACAAACUACAUUCUGUCAAAACUUUCAAAAUACCCCUUCAAAAAGUAUCCUUCAAACACUCUGCUCGUUUGUGACGACUUCGCCGGAAAAGGUUUAGUGUCAAAACCAGACUCACCAUUAGCUAACAUCAUAACUAAAGUCAGACAUUACCACUUAACUGUAGCAAUACUUAUGCAAACAUGGAGGUUUUUAGCUUUAAACAUAAAACGUCUCAUAACUGACUUCGUUAUCUUUCAAGGUUUCUCACGUUAUGAUAUUGAACUCAUUUGGAAACAGUCAGGUAUAACAUUACCUUUUGAAGAAAUUUGGGAAGCAUAUAAGUCUCUCAUCUCUCCUCGUUCAUACCUUGAGAUUCAUAUCAUGACUAAUACCAUUAAAGUCAAAAAUAUUCCAUGGGAACGACCAACAUUGUUUUAA